AUGGACUGUUCUAGUUACAUGGACUGUUCCAGUUACAUGGACUGUUCCAGUUACAUGGACUGUUCCAGUUACAUGGACUGUUCUAGUUACAUGGACUGUUCUAGUUACAUGGACUGUUCUAGUUACAUGGACUGUUCCAGUUACAUGGACUGUUCCAGUUACAUGGACUGUUCCAGUUACAUGGACUGUUCUAGUUACAUGGACUGUUCUAGUUACAUGGACUGUUCUAGUUACAUGGACUGUUCUAGCUACAUGGACUGUUCUAGUUACAUGGACUGUUCUAGUUACAUGGACUGUUCUAGUUACAUGGACUGUUCCAGUUACAUGAACUGUUCCAGUUACAUGGACUGUUCUAGUUACAUGGACUGUUCCAGUUACAUGGACUGUUCCAGUUACAUGGACUGUUCCAGUUACAUGGACUGUUCCAGUUACAUGGACUGUUCUAGUUACAUGGACUGUUCCAGUUACAUGGACUGUUCUAGCUACAUGGAUUACCUGAACGAGUGUGAAUUGAACAGCAGCCUAUGUGAACUGGAGUGUAUGAACCUGUAUGGGAGCUAUGCGUGUUCCUGUGAGGAUGGCUUCGGCUGGGACAAGCGCACCAUGAGCUGUAAACCUGUGUGUUUUGGAGCCACCCCCGGGGACUGCCUGAAUGGAGGGAUGUGUUUGGCCCCUGGGGAGUGCUCCUGUCUGGAGGGAUACUCACUACCCCAGUGUGAAGACAUUAACGAGUGUGGGAACUUCUCCCUGUGUGGCGUCAGUGUGACUCUCUGUGACGUGGAUGAAUGUGCAGGGACAGCGUCUGUGUGUGAACUGGGCUGUGACAACCUACCAGGCACCUACAGGUGUGACUGUGAGCAAGGUUACUCCUGGGUGGCUGUCCUUAAGGCCUGUAAAGGUUACUCUUGGGUGGCUGUCCUUAAGGCCUGUGAAGGUAAAUACCAGGACUGUCACAACCUGCCAGGCUCAUUCAGGUGUGACUGUGAGCAGGGUUAUUCCUGGGUGGUCGUCCUUAAGUCCUGUGAAGCCGUUUGUGGACAGGAAGAGCCAGGUGUGUGUCCGAAUGGUGGGGUCUGUGAGACACCAGGGGUAUGUAGCUGCGCCGAUGGAUACGAGGGAAAUGACUGCGCAGGUAAAUCUUUGAUGAUAAUUAAUAGAGAGAUCCGUAUUGACAGCACAGAUAUUGACGAGUGUGAGCGAGGCAUUGCUGGCUGCUCCUCCGAGACCUGUGAAAACACCCGCGGUUCCUACCUGUGCAGGUGUGAUGAUGGAUUCCUCUGGAACCCCAAACACGCCUCUUGCUUAGCUGACUGCGGGGGACCAGAUUCAGGAGGCUGCUCAAACGGAGGCACCUGUAAAUCCCCAGGGGAGUGUGUGUGUGCUCCGGGCUACGCAGAGCCAGACUGCACAGAUGUUGAUGAGUGUACGGGAAGUCAUGGCUGUCUCAAUGGCUGUGUGAAUUUGAAUGGGUCCUACUACUGCCAGGGGGACCAGCAGGGCUAUGGUAUUCCGCCAGGCCAAACCACUGAGAAACCUGUCUGCUUUGAAAAUUCUCCUGGAACCUGUCCAAAUGGAGGAGCGUGUGUACAGCCUGACCUGUGUAACUGUCCCUCUGGGUACUCUCCUCCACACUGUUCAGGUACUCUCCUCCACACUGUUCAGGUAAGUUUGUGGUCCUGUCCUGAUGGAGGAGUGUGUGUACAGCCUGACCUGCGUAACUGUCCCUCUGGGUACUCUCCUCCACGCUGUUCAGACGUGGAUGAGUGUGAAUCAGGAGGUGGCGUUUGCCCAGGUGACUGUGUCAAUGUACCUGGCGCGUAUUACUGCAGUUCUGUGGGUGGUUAUGGACGUAUCCCAGGAGAAGCUGUAGACCAACCUGUAUGCUUUGGAUUUUUACCUGGGGAGUGUUCUAGUGGAGGGGUGUGUGCCAGUCCAGGUAUCUGUACCUGUACAGAGGGUUACCAGACACCUCAGUGUACAGAUAAGAAUGAGUGUCUCCAGGAAGAAGGGGGUUGUGACACACAAUGUAUGAACAUACCAGGUUCCUACUUCUGCCACUGCUGGAAAGGCUAUGGUAAAAGACAAGGGGAUACCGACUGUAAACCGGUGUGCCGUGACUCCCUGCCUGGUACCUGCCCUAACGGAGGCACCUGUACCUCCCCGUCAGUGUGUCACUGCUCCCCAGGCUAUAGCCCACCCCACUGCACAGACAUUAACGAGUGUGUGGAGAAGAACGGAGGCUGUGAACUCCGGUGUAUUAAUGAGGCGGGCUCAUACUCCUGUGAGUGCCGGCCUGGGUUUGGUUGGGACAAAGACCAGAACACAUGCAGACAUGUGGACGAGUGCAGUCAGGUAGACAGUGGCUGUGAUUUAGGCUGUGUAAACCAGAUGUCUGGUUACUACUGCUGGAGUGAGCAGGAAGGAUAUGGGAAAUUACCCGGAAGUAACAUCAGCAUUCCUGUGUGUUUUGGGCAUCCUCUUGGGAAGUGUGGUAAUGGAGGGACAUGUUCUGAGCCGGGGGUGUGUUCAUGUCCCGACGGGUAUCAAGGAGGAGACUGCGUGGAUGUAGAUGAGUGUGAAUCGGUGCGUUGUGAUGGGUCGUGUGUGAACAAGCCCGGUAGUUAUUACUGUCAAGGAAUGCCGGGGUAUGGCAAGGGACCCAACGAUGAGAUCUCCAAACCCCUUUGUGGGGACAACAUGCCUGGUGCGUGUGAUAACGGAGGAAGCUGUAUUCACCCAGGGACCUGUGUGUGUCCUCCAGGUUUCCGACUGCCACUCUGUACAGACAUCAACGAGUGUGAGGGGCCGAACAAUGGUGGCUGUGGGGAGGACAUGUGCCAGAACACUCCGGGCAGCUACGUGUGUGUCUGUGCCGAGGGCUACGGAUGGGACGCAGCCAAACAACUCUGCUUACAAAUUGACGAGUGUACAGAGAUGCAGGUGGACUGUGCAGGUAGCAGAUGUGUGAACACAGUAGGGUCAUACUACUGCUCCAGUCCCAGGCUAGGGUACGGACGCAAUGCUGGGGAUAGCGAGGACAAACCUCUGUGUUCCAACCAACUGGGGUUCGGUUGUUUGGUUUUAACAUUCCUGUUGUGA